AUGGCAGUUGGCCUCCUUUUGUUGACGGCGUUUGUCGUCCACAUCCUGUCAAUUUCUGCUGCCACGCUCAACUACGACUGGAACAUCACCUGGGUCACCGCUAAUCCGGAUGGUCAAUUUCAGCGCCCUGUGAUUGGCAUCAAUGGUCAAUGGCCCCCUCCAGUGCUCAAUUUUACCAAGGGUGACCGCAUCAUUGCAAAAGUGCAUAAUGCGCUGGGAAAUGAGACCACCAGUAUCCACUGGCAUGGGUUCUUUCAGAAUGGGACCAACCAUAUGGACGGUCCUCCAUCGGUCACUCAGUGCGACAUCGCCCCAGGUUCUACCUUUGUCUACAAUUUCACCGUUGAGCAAUCUGGCACGUAUUGGUACCAUUCUCACACGAAAGGCCAGUUCCCUGAUGGGCUCCGACAGGCCUUGGUGGUGACCGACCCCAAGAAUCCGUAUAUCGGGCAGUAUGAUGAGGAGCGGGUCAUUAGCUUGUCCGACUGGUAUCACGACCAAAUGCCAACGCUCUUGAAGUCAUUCAUUAGCGUCACCAAUCCCACCGGCGCGGAGCCUGUGCCCAAAGCGGCUCUGAUGAACGACACUCAGAACCUCACUGUCGCAGUCGAGCCGGGCAAGACAUACCUUUUUCAUUUGGUCAAUGUGGGUGCGUUUGCCAGUCAGUAUUUUUGGAUCGAGGGACACACGAUGAAGAUUGUCGAGGUGGAUGGUGUCUGGACCAAUGCAUCGGAGGCUCAGAUGAUCUACAUUGCUAGCGCACAGCGCUACAGUGUGUUGGUAACCAUGAAGAACGAGACGAGCCAGAAUUACGCCAUGAUGGGCAGUAUGGAUACGGAUCUCUUCGAUACACUUCCCGAGUCGUUGAAUUAUAACGUGACGGGAUGGCUGGUAUAUAAUGACAAGGCCGACAAGCCAACUCCAUCUUCAAUCUCCGCAUUUGAGCCUUAUGAUGACUUCAACCUGGUACCGGUGGAUGGCAUGGCUCUGCACCAGGAAGCAGAUUAUACGGUCACUCUGGACGUGACGAUGGAUAAUCUGGGAGACGGGGCCAAUUAUGCUUUUUUCAAUGGAAUCACCUAUGUCAUGCCCAAAGUUCCGACGUUGUAUUCGGCACUGACGACCGGCUCAGCGGCAACAGAUCCUGCCGUCUAUGGGUACAACACAAACCCAAUUGUCCUCAAAAAAGGGGAUAUCGUCGACCUUAUCCUCAACAACGAUGAUGCUGGAAAGCAUCCUUUCCACUUGCACGGACAUACGUUCCAGGUGAUUGCACGCAGCGAAGAGAACGCGGGACACUAUGAUCCCAGCAACCAUACGACAUUCCCAUCCGUCCCAAUGAGGAGGGAUACUGUAGUGGUCCGGCCGCAGGGCAAUUUUGUCCUCCGUUUCCAGGCCGACAAUCCGGGCGUCUGGCUCUUUCACUGCCACAUCGAAUGGCACAUGGAUUCAGGACUAGCUGCGACCUUUAUCGAAGCGCCUCUGGAACUGCAGAAGACGCUCAAAAUCCCCGAAAAUCACUACCAGACCUGCGAGGCUAGCGGUACCCUGACCGCGGGAAAUGCGGCCGGAAACACCAAAGAUUUGUAUGAUCUGACGGGCCAGAACGUAUCUCCCGCACCGCUGCCGGCGGGAUUCACGGCCAAGGGCAUCGUUGCCCUGGUGUUCAGCUGCAUUGCAGCUAUCCUGGGAUUAUUGUCGAUAACUUGGUACGGCAUGGCGCCGAUUACUGCGCCUCAGACUUGCUCGGCUCAGAGUAAUGGUUCGGACGAGAAUUGA